AAGCUGCUUAGCAAUCGGCGAAGGCGGAGAUGACCAGUCUCUCCCCUGAUAUUUACUUCUUUUGUUUAAAUCUUCGAUUACCACAAUGAAUAUCAGUUUAUUCUUGAUAUUUGUGGUAAUGAUGUGCGCCAUGCACCAAGGGCCUGCUGUAUAUCGGGACCUUACGUGCGUGGAGCCCGAGCCAGGACAUGCCAAAAGAUUGUUUUAUUAUUUCACCGCAAGUGAAAUCGAGAAAGUCUGUCCAACGGUUACCGAUCUGACAUGGCGAAUUGGAAAUGUGGUAUUCUAUAAUCUGCUGUGUGUGCUUCUUACCCUGCUGUUGGGCUAUGCGUCGUCGAUCAGAGAAAUCGUCAAAGAGAAAUGGUCAGCCGCCGUGUCAAUGUUCCGAGAAUGGAUAACUCAUCCUUCCCUCUGUCGUCACUGCGGUGCUGCCCCUUGUCAGGUUAAAAGGAGAUCCUUGUGGAACCCCUCCGGUACUCGUAAGAAAGACAAGGCGAAUUUCGCAAAAAGAUCAAACGCCAUGAUGUUGUUUUACUAUGGACUAGAUUUGUCCGUGGUACUGAUCAAAGAGCUGCCAUGGAAUGACCUGUACUGGAAGAGGAAGUUCGUUCAGCAUUUUGAGGAGGAGCAUAUGGUGUUGUUCCCACUGUGCAUCCAGCGUCAUAUCAACUACUGGUACCCUGUCCCUCGCUAGUUUCGUUACGGCGUUCAAAGAGAAGAAUGUGGAUUGCAGUCAGUGAUGGAAUAGAAGUUUGAGAUUGACAUCAGAUUUUAUUGUCUAAGUUGAUUUGGGUCACGAUCCGAUCCGAUUGAAACGGUGUUUGGCCAAUGUUAUAGUGAACCUUAUAUUUGUUAUAUUGAAUUGUAACUCUGGAUCUUGACCACUAGUGGUUUCGUGAAAGACUGAACCGAUACCUGAUGAAUUGGCCAUUUAUAACUUAGCUAGUAUUGUCCAGCAGUGGUCCAAUAUAUAAAUUUCGAUUGUGUUUGUGUGAUUGGUCAGUUGCUAACAUGGCCAUUAGGUGAUUUGAGUUAUUGUGGAGCGGGAACGUUGACUAAGUAGCAUUGGUCGGUUCGAAGUCGGUUCGCCUUAUAUAAAUGUUCCCGGUAUUUAUUACAUUAGUAAGUUAGAACGAUGUCGAUCUUAAUUGUUUAUUAGUGUUUUGAGAAAAAAUUGUCAAUUACUCAACGUAUAGGUCAGCUCAAACCACCAGUGGUUCCACGCUGAUUACGGCUAUCAUUUCGAAAGUUUUUAACUCUGUCACAUCUUGAAAGCUAUCGGUCCCUCGUACAUUUAUGCUAGGCUUAGUAUUUUUUUGCGUAUCAAAAUGGAUUUAUUCUGCAAUGACCGCCAAUGGCAUGGUCCGAUGGUGUUGUCGUGGUCAGUUAUACACACAGUCAAACUGACCAACAGGUUCUGUAAAGUUACCAACAUGCAUAAUUCUGUUCAUUUUGUACUGGUCAGUUUUGCUUUUGCGAAUGUGUGUAGUAACAAUCAUUUGGUCAAUAAAAAUCUUCAAAUUGAUUUUCGUGUCAAUCAUACAUUUUUGUAACCAUCGUUUUAAAUAUCAUGCAUUGAAGUGAGACUGUGCUUGUAUUACCGAUACCUCGGCCCGUAUUAAUGAAACCGUUCUCAUGCUCAAGUAUGGAUUCUGUGCUCAAACCAACUCUGUUACUCGCUUAAAUAAUGUGGCACGAUCAAAAAGUCAAAUAUUAACAUUGAAGUUAUACUUCGGCUUUAAGACUACAUAACUCUUCCAAAUCAUUGACAAAAUGUUUAUUUGACAUUUAUCACUGGAACAAGAUAAUAAUCUGGGUUUGAGCAUGAGAACGUCUCAGUGAAUACGGUCUCUUGAUUUACGGACAUCUUCUAAAUUCUUUAUGCAUCACUGUAUAUUUUUGAAAAAGCUGAUUUAUCUGUCUAUAUCUCCGUAUUUUACAGAUACACUGUCAUAUCUGAC